ACUGUCAUUCUAAAAAGAGAAGCCCGAAAGAACCUCGAAGUUUCGUCUUCCCCGUUGGGAUUUUCGUUGGUUGCAGAAGGGAAGGAAAGGGAAAGCGAGAGAGGGAGAGGCCCGGGGCGGUAAUAUUCUGUGCAUUUACCGCCUGAACGGGUAAAAAAUUGAGACGAAGGUUUGAGGUAAGCGAGGCCGUCUUCCUGCUUCACCUCGUCUGGUCGUUCGUCUCCCCCAUCAACAUCUCUCCUUCUCUCUCUUUUCGGCCUGCAUUGUUUGUCGAGGGCUUGAUUUUCCCUUCCCUACCGCCGGUAUCAUCUCUCCUGCAACUAUAAACAACUUCAAGGAAUGAGCCUGCCGAGGCUUCCGGAUUGGUCACCGCAGAGGUACAGGAGGCAGCAGGACGAGGAGUCGGGCGUUUCCGAUGGCUGGUUGCGUGCUUCACAUGACGAUUCUGACGCCUUCGAUAUCCCGCCACCAAAGAAGGCUUCCGUUGAACGGCUUAAGCGCUGGAGGCAAGCUGCUCUUGUGCUGAAUGCAUCGCGCCGGUUCCGAUACACGUUGGACUUGAAAAGGGAAGAAGAAAAAGAGGAAGCAAGAAAAAAAAUAAGGGCACAUGCUCAAGCAAUAAGGGCGGCACUUCUCUUUAAAGAGGCUGGUGGAACUCCAUCCCCUGUACCAGGCCCACCUCAGGAAUUCCCGUCUGCUGUUCAUGGUUUUGGAGUUGGAUGUGAGAAACUUGCUGCAUUGAAUCGGGACCAUGACACUUCUUCCUUACAAGAAUAUGGCGGGGUUGAAGGGCUAGCUAACCUGCUAAAAGCUAACCUGGAUAAGGGGAUUCCUGGAGAUGAUAACGAACUUUUGAUCAGAAGGCAGGCAUUUGGUGAAAAUACAUAUCCAAAAAAAAAGGGGAGGAGUUUUUUUGUCUUUCUUUGGGAAGCUUGUCAAGACACAACACUUAUUAUCCUGAUGAUAGCUGCUGCCCUUUCACUAGGAUUAGGAAUCAAGACUGAGGGCAUUAAGGAAGGCUGGUAUGACGGUGGAAGCAUUGCAUUUGCUGUUUUUCUUGUUAUUUUUGUCACAGCUACUAGUGAUUACAAGCAGUCUCUUCAAUUCCAAAGUUUAAAUGAAGAAAAGAGAAACAUCAAACUUGAGGUUAUUAGAGGUGGACGAAGAUUUGAGGUGUCAAUAUUUGAUAUUGUGGUUGGUGAUGUUAUUCCCUUGAAAAUCGGUGAUCAGGUUCCAGCUGAUGGUGUGCUUAUCGUCGGGCAUUCUCUUGCAAUUGAUGAGUCUAGUAUGACUGGGGAGAGCAAAAUUGUUCACAAAGACCAGAAGGACCCAUUUUUGAUGUCUGGUUGCAAAGUUGCUGAUGGUUAUGGUAACAUGCUAGUGACUGGUGUUGGAUUGAACACUGAAUGGGGGCUACUGAUGGCCAGUAUAUCAGAGGAUAAUGGUGAAGAAACACCAUUGCAGGUACGGCUGAAUGGUGUGGCCACUUUUAUAGGCAUGGUAGGGCUCUCAGUGGCCUUUGUUGUUCUUGUGGUUCUUGUUGUCAGAUACUUUACUGGUCACACCAAAAAUGCAGAUGGCUCAGUCCAAUUUCAGCCUGGAAAGACCCGAGUUGGUACUGCACUAAAUGGGACUGUUAAGAUCAUAACUAUUGCGGUGACCAUUGUGGUUGUUGCUGUUCCUGAGGGUCUCCCGUUGGCUGUGACUUUGACCCUCGCAUAUUCUAUGAGGAAAAUGAUGAUGGAUAAAGCCCUGGUUCGCAGGCUUUCAGCUUGUGAAACUAUGGGAUCUGCCACAACAAUUUGCAGCGAUAAGACUGGAACACUUACCUUGAAUCAGAUGACGGUUGUAAAGGCCUUUGCUGGUGGGAAGAUGUUAGAAGCACCUGACAAGGCAGAUUUGUUGUCACCCAGGGCAUCUUCCCUUUUAACUGAAGGAAUAGCACAGAAUACAACUGGAAGUGUAUAUGUUUCUGAGGAUGGUCAGGUUGAAGUAACUGGGUCACCAACUGAGAAGGCUAUACUUUAUUGGGGACUAAAGCUUGGUAUGAGGUUUGAGGAUUUGCGGUCACAAUCAUCUGUUGUGCAAGUCUUCCCUUUCAAUUCAGAGAAGAAGCGCGGUGGAGUUGCUAUUCAACUGUCAGAGUCGGAUAUUCAUAUACAUUGGAAAGGUGCUGCAGAGCUGGUACUUGAUUCCUGCACUCAGUAUCUUGAUCAAGAUGGUUCAAUUCAGCAGAUUAACCCUGACAAGAUGAAUGAAUUCAAACAUGUUAUUGAAAAGAUGGCAGGAGAGAGCCUUCGGUGUGUUGCCUUUGGUUUCAGACAGUGUGAUGUCAAAAAGGUUCCAGUCAGCAUAGAGCAGCGGAAACAGUGGGUGCUACCAGAUGAUGGCCUUGUUUUGUUGGCAAUUGUAGGUAUAAAGGAUCCUUGCCGUCCAGGUGUGAAAGAAGCAGUUAACCUUUGUAGGAAUGCUGGAGUGAAGGUCCGCAUGGUUACUGGAGACAAUAUCCAGACAGCAACAGCUAUUGCUUUAGAGUGUGGCAUUCUUGACUCUAGGGAGCUUCAGCCAGGGGCAAUUAUUGAAGGAAGGGCUUUUCGUGUCCUUUCAGAAACAGAAAGGCAGCAUGUUGCACGUGAUUUAUCUGUGAUGGCAAGAUCUUCCCCUAAUGACAAACUGCUACUUGUCCAAGCACUAAGGAAACAAGGAAAUGUUGUGGCAGUUACUGGAGAUGGCACAAAUGAUGCUCCUGCAUUGCACGAGGCAGAUAUAGGUCUUGCAAUGGGUAUUCAAGGAACUGAAGUUGCAAAGGAAAGUGCAGAUAUCAUCAUCUUAGAUGAUAAUUUCUCGUCAGUUGUAAAGGUUGUCCGAUGGGGUCGUUCGGUAUAUGCAAAUAUUCAGAAAUUCAUUCAAUUUCAACUCACUGUCAAUGUUGCAGCUCUCAUAAUAAAUGUGGUCGCUUCAAUUUCUGCAGGAGAUGUGCCUUUAAAAGCAGUGCAGCUUCUCUGGGUUAAUCUCAUAAUGGACACUCUUGGAGCACUUGCAUUGGCUACUGAACCACCUACAGAUGAUCUUAUGCAGAGACGCCCAGUUGGUCGGAGGGAUCCUCUUAUUACCAAUGUUAUGUGGAGAAACGUCAUUGUACAAGCAAUCUAUCAAGUGACAGUUCUACUUGUGCUCAACUUUGAUGGCAUACGCUUAUUGCAUCUUAGUAAUCAGACAAAGGCUGAUGCUGAGGAUGUGAAGAAUACCUUUAUCUUUAAUGCAUUUGUCAUGUGUCAAGUUUUUAAUGAGUUCAACGCUCGAAAACCUGACAAGUUAAAUAUCUUCUCUGGAGUUACCAAAAACCACCUUUUUAUGGGGAUUAUAGGGGCUACAGUUAUAUUUCAGGCAUUGAUUGUUGAAUUCCUUGGGAAAUUUGCAUCGACUGUUAGGCUGAGCUGGCAGUUAUGGAUUGCCUCUAUUGCUCUUGGUUUCAUAAGCUGGCCCCUGGCAUUACUUUCUAAGCUUCUUCCCGUCCCAGAGACCCCAUUUGCUGAGUAUUUCAGGCGGAUGUAUUGUUGCAAACCAGGUGGCAAGGGUGGCGAACGUUGUGGAGAACGUCAACAAAGCAGCGAAGCACAAGAUGGUAGUGCACGCUGAAAACCAAAUCCCACUGUGAUCGUGCAGGCCAAUAAAUCAAUAAAGGGGUUUAACAAGGAAUUACUUCCCAUCUCCCUUCAUCUUUCUAUGUCAAACUGUGAGCAUCUUUAUUAUGGAUAUCUUCCAAAGGUAUCAAUAUUAAGAUCCUGGAUUUUUGUAUUGGUGGAGUUGACAUAACGAUUCACUUGUAGUUGAUUACUCAGCCAACGUCUUGGCACUAAACGAACUUGACUCACCUAAACCUGUCUUCAGCUUUAUAGAACAAACAAAUCAAGCUUGAGCCUGCUGGAGAUAAACAAGUUUGAACAACCACUUUUGAAGCUUAA